AUGCCAAUGGUCACUGAACAACCACGGCAACUGUCAAUUUCCUUCGAUGAGCGAACCCUUUCCGACCGACUUCGGUACCGCGAUUCACGUCCGCUCGAUCACCGCUUUGCUAUUGAAGAGGAGGAUGAGAGUACUGGUACUGCAAGCGAACCGGCCGAGCCUCUCACACCCACUAGCCAUAGCAGCGAGGGUACACCUUUCUCACAUCCCUUCCGUGACGAUGAGUCUGUAGACGACGUAUUUGCGACCCCACGCCCUGCCAUGAGCGACAUGGAGAAUAAAUCACCAUCGCAAGAAGCGCCACAAAACACUCAACGUAAACCGAACGUGCAGGCGCCUCAACAGGUUGAGCGGCAGUCACCACCAGAGAAACGUGGCUUGGGAAAGCGCGUGGGCUCGCUGAUCCGCGGCAAGCUGCAUAGAGGUCAUUCGAGCAAAGAUGGAGCCAAUCAGUCUGACACUUCGAAUAUCUCAACACCGAACAGAUCUCCCAAAGCGAAACCCGAAACCAACACGUAUAUUGUCAAGACUGGUGUCGACGGACCAGCUGAGGUAGCAACUCCAGCUGUUGAUAUUCCUAAGCAAAGUAGAAGAUUGAGUUCCUUCUCCCUUACGCGACGCUCCGAUAAAUCUUCCCGUGCAAACUCUCCACCCUUAUCUGGCUCGCCUAUGAGCAAAGCAUCGACGGACAAACGACCAAGACUUGGCAACAAACCUGCCUCUUCCACCGGUCUAGCGAGCAUGACCAGGCCCCGACCUGGUGUCACUUGGGCCGGCAGCGGAAAUGCCAAUUCGACUACCAAGAAGUCAGGUUUCUCACGGCGACGGUCAGCAAGCACGGAGCAGGUCCCACGUAUCGACGAAAAUGCGGAGAAGCCUACCGCCGGCAUGUUAACUACCUUUUCCAAGCCAGCUCUCCAAGGUGUAGGUAUGAAGGCACGGCGGCUUAGCGUGAACCUGCCGGACGACUUCAUCAUAGACUGGUGCGAGCUAGACAAAGAGUUCAAGAGUUCGAGUCUGAUGCCUGGUAAGAGGGGGAGGAUUCUAGGUAAAGGCGCAACGUCCGAAGUUCGAAUCAUGGCGAGAAGAGGAGGCAUUACCAGGGAAGAGGACUUGGUAGCCGUGAAGGAGUUCAGAGAACGCGACAAGGACGAGACCGAGGAAGACUACGUAUUGAAGAUCAAAUCCGAAUACAGCAUUGCGAAGAGUCUGCACCAUCCGAAUAUUGUCGAAACGGUACGAUUAUGUACGAAUCGCGACCGCUGGAAUCACGUAAUGGAGUUUUGUACAUAUGGAGAAAUCUACUCACUAGUAGAACGUAAGCUGUUUGCUGGCGGCGCGGAAGGGUUUUAUAGUCGAGACGAUCGGUUGUGUUUCUUCAAGCAAUUAUUACGCGGCGUCGACUACCUACACAGCCAUGGCAUAGCGCAUCGAGACAUCAAGCUGGAAAACUUGCUUCUCAGCAAGGAAGGCCAUCUUAAGAUCUCGGAUUUUGGCGUGGCGGAAGUUUUUAGUGGAGAGCACCCUGGGCUUCGCGCCUCUGGCGGUGAAUGUGGGAAAAACAUGGGCGAAAUCCGAUUAUCCGCGCCCGGUAUCUGUGGCAGUCUUCCCUACAUCGCUCCGGAAGUGCUUGAGAAGGACCACAGCUACGACCCACGGCCACUGGACAUCUGGUCAACAGCUAUCGUCUACCUAACCAUGACUUUUGGUGGUUGCCCAUGGCAGGCUGCGAAGACAGAGUUUGAAUACUAUGCAAGGUUCAAGAAGGGCUGGGAUUCAUGGCUAGAGCGCCAUCCAGACGGUGAUAUCUUCGAUGGUCCCGACGGCCACCCAAAGUGUGGCAAGUUGUUCAGCCUCAUUGAGCCUCCAUCUAUCAAACGCCUCAUGUUGAAGAUGCUGCACCCAAAUCCCUCUAAACGCAUUACAAUCAAGGAGGUACUAAAAACGACCUGCAUCAAGAACAUUGGCUGUUGUUGUCCAGAAACAUACGACGACCCCAAGAUCAUGUUCGACGCUUCCAAGGCAUCGAGUGCCAGGACCGCCGCCCCGAAAAAAUACCUACACCACCACAUACCACCCAAGCCGGAGAACAAGGUUGGAAAGGCGUUCACGCAUCGGUUCGACAUGGGCGAACGAUAA